AUGACCAGUUUCGACAUCAAAUUCCCCUUCUCUCAUCAAUCGCAAUCCGCGAUAUUUCUCGCCCUACUUCGGCACUUACAAAACCAUUUCCCUCCAACACACGCUCAGAUCAGAGACUACGGACUUUUUUCCGAUGAGAGCGGAAUUAUUCGAUGGAAAACUCGAAGACUCAUCGCGGGAUCAACAACCCUCACUCAUAACCCGCCUUAUCUUCCACCGGACUCUCCGAUCUUGGACUCAUACAUUCUUCAUCUGCACAUUCGGCAUAUGCACGCUUCACCUGAAUACGUGUUUUCCCUUUUGAGAGAGCUCGUAUUCAUUCCGAAAGCCAGAAGUAUAGUCAAAAGAAUUUUGAAGACGUGUCAACAUUGUAAAAAUUUGAAAGCGAAACCUUACGAACAACCACCUUUUCCUCCCUUUCCUCCACAACGCACCACUCCGUCACCCCCAUUUUCAUAUUGUGGAGUAGACUUCUUAGGGCCAGCUCAAGUAAAAGAUCACGACGGAUCCGUCAUUAAAGUUUACGCCGUUAUCUUUUGUUGCCUUUCCACUCGAUGCAUUUAUUUGGACCUAGCCCGCGAUAUGAGUGCAAAAUCUUUUCUAUUCGCUCUUCGUCGUUUUUCCGCACGCCGAGGGUUCCCAGUUCAAUUGUAUUCAGACAAUGGCCCGAACCUUACUGCCGUCGCAAGCCUGCUAGACCGCAACUCAAUAACCGGAGAAAUUAUCCUCAAUUCAAAAGUCGCUGAAUUUUUGCGUUCACAACAGCUAACAUGGAAAUUUUCACCAAGUUUUUCACCAUUCUCGAAUGGUUGGUUCGAAAGGCUGAUAGGCAUUGUCAAGUCGUCAUUAAACCGAGUGAUCGGUCGCCGGCUCUUGGACAUCGAAGAAUAUCAGACCCUUUUGACAGAGUCAGAAUAUAUUGUUAAUUGUCGGCCAAUAACUUAUUCAUCCAGCGAGGAAUCCCCUGUAAUUCGCCCCGCCGAUUUCCUAAAUCUCUCUGUAAUUCGCCCACCAUAUCCUCUAUCUCCGGACGAUCAUAACGAUCCCGACUGGAUUCUCCCAGCCGACGAAAAUUUGGCCAAAACACAGCUUCUAAAUCAAUGGAAAAACUCAAACACGCUCACUGACCGUUUGUGGCAUUACUGGACGUCGUCGUAUCUCACCGAACUUCAAGCGCGUAACAAGACCCAACAUCGUCAAGAAACGCCAUCAACCCUUUCACCUCAAGUAAAUGAGAUAGUUCUCAUCAAAGAGCAGCAGAUGCCACGUCACAUGUGGCGCUUAGGUCGCAUCACAAAAUUACAUUCAACCCCAUACCGAAGCGCAUCAUUAACGACCGUCUCUGCCUCCGGACAAAAAAGAAAAAUUACAAGGCCGAUUUCGAAACUCUGUCCCCUUGAACUACGCGCAUUGGCCUCAGUCGUUUGUCUAUUCGCUCUAGUAUUCCAAUUUGCCCAAGGGUGCUCUGAAACCCAAACUAUAAUAGGAUCGUCCGAAACAUGUUCCAAAUAUUCUGAUGACAAAAUCGUCUGCAACUUCAAGAAAUCUCUUGUCUUCUCAGUUCGGCCUCAGUCGAAAAUUAUAUGUCUCCAAAUUUCAUCGACCUUCGGAAACGACACCGCUUAUGCAAACUUAAUCAUAUCCGCACAAUCCCUUAAUUACGUUUGUACGCCAAGCACUGUCACCUUCACCCGCCCAUUCAAAAUUCACGUUGAAAAAUCUCACCGUUGCGACGCGGCAGCGGGGAGCCAGUGUCAAGCCAGCUUUUGUGAAUCGGUCACAUCAACAACCAACCUCAUCGACUUUGGAUCGGAAGCGAAUUCCCUACCCGGACACUCAAGAUGCAGCCGAUCCUGCGGAUGUAUCAGUUGCGGAUGUUUUUUAUGCAGCCCAAGUUGUCUCUUUUAUCGAUAUUACGCCAGUCCUGUUUCAGACGACAUCUUACACGCCUUCACGUGCGCAUCGUAUGACACAUAUCUGCGAGGAACUUUAGCUCUCGACCACAACCAAACCCAGUUCACGCUUCAGCACGGACAACAAUUCGAUUGGGAGAACAUCUCUUUAUCCAUUUUAUCGAGCUCCUACUCUCCCACUCCAAUCUUAGGCUACAUUUUCUUAACCAGUAUGAAGACAAACAAAACUGUUGCUUUAAAUCCAGCAUUGGUCUCUACCUAUAAUAAUCUCUUAAAGUUUUCUUGUCCUUCCAUCCAAUCAGCCCGACAAUUCAGAUGUGAAUUCCCAUCCUCUCUUUGCCAAUGUAGUCCAGACUUCUUUAGUCCUCGUUGUAAUUGUGCCGACAUCGACUUUUCGUCUCUCUUUGAGUCACGAGAUUUUGCCUUCCCCUUCUCCCGGGAGGGCAUUUCAAUGGAAAUGGAAGGAGAACGCCCGACAGCCAAGUCCAAUCAUGCCACUGAACUUAUCGUAUCGCUGGACCGAAACGUCACACUGUUGUUUCACCGGUCAAAAUGCGAAUGUAUCUUAUCGUCCGUGACCGGAUGCUUCAAUUGUCAACGGUCACCGAUGGUUAAUCUCAAAUGCCAGGCCAGCUUCGGGACUACAACGGCCGCCAUCAUCUGCAAGUCGGUCCAUGUACAACCGUUCCUCUGCCCACCACAACGAUCGUCCUUGAUGAUGCCUUUUUCCUCUAGAACUCAGGAAUUCGACGAAGAAUGCGUUGUCCAAUGCGCCGGAGGAAACACGACACUGAGAAUCCACGGCUCCCUGAACGCUUCCAAGCCAUUGAAUCCAGCCCCGGAGGGGGGCGAAAUUGCAAAGGACAAGACUCCUUCGUCUAGUUGGUCUGAAGUUUGGUCUACAAUCUUCAAUUUCUUAAAAGACCUCAAAUGGUACUAUUUUGUCAUAUUGGCCGGAGGUCUUGCAUUUUUAAUUUUACUUAUUGUAGUCUACAUCUCACCGUUCGCGCGGGAGUGUCUUCGCCGAACUCGGAUCGAGGCACUUUCCCCGAUCAUGCCCCGCCCCCAACACACAUUACAAUAA